CCCCGCCCCCGCCGUAUUGCGUGGCUACAGUGCUAAUGCUAAGGCUUUGUCCUGUAGCAUUGGGCAGUGGUCUCGAAUGAUAGAAAGUGCAAAUAAACACAUUUAUCCACAUAUAUUUUAAAUAACACCCAGCUAUGAGUAAAAGAAAAGCGCCGCAGGAAACUCUGAACGAAGGAAUCACAGAUUUUCUCAUCGAAUUGGCAAAUUAUGAAAGAAAUGUCAACAGAGCCAUCCAUAAAUACAAUGCUUACAGAAAAGCAGCGUCUGUGAUCGCCAAAUACCCCCAGAAGAUCAAAAGUGGGACAGAAGCAAAGAAACUGGAUGGAGUUGGUGCAAAGAUAGCGGAGAAAAUCGACGAGUUUUUAACAACAGGAAAACUGCGCAAGCUGGAAAAGAUUCGCAAUGACGACACAAGCUCCUCCAUCAACUUCUUAACCCGAGUGACUGGGAUCGGUCCUGCUGCAGCCAGGAAGUUUUACGAUGAAGGUGUCAGGAACUUAGAAGAUCUGAAGAAGAUCGAGCACAAACUCAACCAUCAUCAGCAGAUCGGGUUAAAGUACUUUGAAGAGUUUGAGAAGAGAAUCCCUCGUGCAGAAAUGCAGAAGAUGGAGGCUCUGAUACUGAAGGAGCUGGAUGUGGUGGACCCCGAGUACAUCGGCACCAUCUGUGGCAGCUACAGACGAGGAGCAGAGUCGAGUGGUGAUAUUGAUAUACUCCUGACCCAUCCAGACUUCACCUCUCAGUCUGAGAAACAGCCCAAACUCCUUCAUGCCGUCGUGGAUCAUCUGGAGUCCGUCGGCUUCAUUACUGACACGCUUUCUAAAGGAGACACUAAGUUUAUGGGUGUGUGUCAGCUGCAGAAAGAAGAGGAAGAUGAAGAAGAGUGUUUUCACCGCCGUAUUGACAUCAGGCUCAUCCCGAAGGAUCAGUAUUACUGUGGUGUGCUGUACUUCACCGGCAGUGACAUAUUUAACAAGAACAUGAGGACUCAUGCGCUGGAGAAGGGCUUCACGCUCAACGAAUACACCAUCCGUCCACUCGGCGUCACUGGUGUGGCCGGAGAGCCUCUGCUGGUGGACAGCGAGAAGGACAUCUUCGACUACAUCCAGUGGAAAUACAGAGAACCAAAGGAGCGCAGCGAGUGAAAACAAUUCAACCUCAAACUGAGGCUCAUUUAGCUCAUAUUAGUGCAUUUUAAUAGUAGAAAAGACAUUAGGGAGAGAUGUGUUUGUGUUUAAAGUUUUAAAGCAGCUACAUAAUAGUAGCUGUUGGUGCUUUUUAAUAAUAGUAUCCAUGCAUAAGUGAGAAAUGA